UUUGCUUGUGAAUCCCAUGGGUUGAGUCGUUUAGUGAAGUCUCUUUUCUGUUCAUAGAGACAGAACGAUGUUCGGAACGUCAUCUUACGCUUUCUCGUCUGUUUUUCGAAAAGGAUACAACUGUCCUUGCCUGUUGAUAUAAGGCUCCACAGCAGUUAAACAUAUCUUCAAGGGUGCAUUUUAGAGCAAUGGCCAAAAGAAGUACACUGUUUAUCAGAAUUGUGGAGGGGAAGAACUUGCCAAUCAAGGACAUAACUGGGAGCAGUGAUCCAUACUGUAUCGUCAGAAUUGAUAAUGAAGCCAUAAUACGGACAGCGACGAUAUGGAAGACACUGUCACCCUUCUGGGGGGAGGAAUACAAUGUUCAUCUCCCUCCCACCUUUCACACUGUGUCCUUUCACGUGAUGGACGAGGAUUCUCUUAGUCGUGAUGAUGUAAUUGGGAAGGUGUCAAUCAGCAAAGAAGCUCUUUCAGCCAAACCCCAAGGCAUAGACGGUUGGAUGAACCUGACGGAGAUUGAUCCUGAUGAGGAGGUACAAGGGGAGAUUCACCUCCAGAUAUCCGUGGUAGGAGAUGGGGACACGCCAAGAAAACUACGUUGCCAAAUUCUGGAGGCUAGAGAUCUUGCCAAAAAGGAUCGCAAUGGGGCGUCUGACCCCUUUGUCAGAGUCAGAUACAACGGCAAAACUCACGAGAGCGCGGUUGUGAAGAAGUCUUGCUAUCCGCGUUGGAACGAGAGUUUUGAGUUUGAGUUGGACGACACACUCCCUGAGAGCCCUUUGAGCGUUGAGGUUUGGGACUGGGACCUUGUCAGCAGAAAUGACUUUCUUGGAAAGGUACUGUUUAAUAUCAACAGACUGCAGUCUGCACAACAAGAGGAGGGCUGGUUCCGACUGGGUCCUGACAAACCCAAACACAGCCAGUACGACGAGGGUACGCUGGGGUCUCUUCGCCUGCAGCUCAAACUCAGAGACGAGACUGUCCUGCCUUCCAGCUGCUAUCAGCCUCUCACAGAGUUACUGUGCCAAUCCGUCGGGCCCCAUCUCAACGGCAACUGGCCAGAUUUGAUCAUGUUGAUUGAUGAGACCACUACCGCUGAGAGUCGACAGGAAGUGGCCAAUAACCUGGUGAAGCUCUUCCUGGGUCAGGGGCUGGUGAAGGAGUUCUUGGACGUUCUCUUUAAGCUGGAGUUGGAUAAGACCACUGAACCCAACACGUUGUUUCGGAGCAACUCCUUGGCUUCCAAAUCCAUGGAAUCUUUUCUCAAAGUCACCGGCAUGCAGUACUUACACAGGCUCCUGGGUCCCAUCGUCAACAGGAUAUUUGAGGAGAAGAAAUACGUGGAACUGGACCCCAAUAAAGUGGAGCUGAAAGAAGCAGGCUGCGCAGGCCUGCACCGGCUGCAGACUGAGGCAGACGUGAUCCAGCAGAGUUCCAGUCUUCUGCAGUCCUACCUUUCAGAGCUGCUCAAUGCCAUCCAGCAGUCGGCCUUAUACUGCCCCCUAGUGUUGUGUCAAGUUUUCCAACAACUCUAUCAACGUGUCCAGGCCCGCUUCCCAGACCCAGAGUACAGGAAGGUGAAGUUUAUCGCUGUGACCAGUUUCCUGUGUCUCCGUUUCAUCUCUCCCGCAAUCAUGUCUCCGAAGCUUUUUCACCUCCGCGAGAAACACGCAGAUGCCCGCACCAGCCGUACCCUCCUUCUGCUGGCAAAGGCUGUUCAGACCAUUGGAAAUCUGGAUACUUUGGCAUGCUGCUCCAAAGAGCCCUGGAUGGUUCCCCUUCAGCCGGCUAUCCAACAGGGCAUCGAUCAGCUCAAAGAUUUCAUUACCAAACUGGUCACCUGUGAAGACACAGAUGACCUCGGCCUGCAGGCUCGUAUGAAUCUGCAGUGUGGCACUAUGGAGAAGGAGGGUUUCCUGUUCCUCCACAGGAUCAAGGAUAAAUGCAUACCGAUGACAUCACCCUUUAAAAAGUAUUAUGUUACCCUAAGCAAAGACACUCUGUCCUAUUCGCGAACGCAGCAUUCUAAGAAGAGCUCUUUCAUUGCUCUGCCGAAGAUCCGAGCGGUGGAGAAGGUGGAGGAGAAGAGUUUUGGCAGUGCCAACGUCAUGCAAAUUAUUUCCAGCGAAGAUUCAGGCCAGCUGGAUACGCUCUAUCUAGACUGCAAGAGUGUGAAUGAGCUGAAUCAUUGGCUCUCUGCCUUGAGGAAAGCAUGCAGUCACAACACAAACACGAUGAGCCACUACCAUCCUGGCGUCUAUAAAGCAGACAGAUGGAGCUGCUGCCACCAAAAGGAGAAGACAGAUCCGGGUUGCGAUAAGACCAGACAUGGGGUAACGCUGCAGGAAUGGUACGACCCGCUGGACCCCGACCUGGAAGCUCAGCUCAUCUACCGGCAUCUCAGCGGAGUGCAGCAAGCCAUGAGGGAGAAAUAUUACGAGUUGAUAAAAGAGGAGGAAGGUGAAGACCCAGAGUUGGAAAAAGGCCAGAAAAGACUGGAUAGCGUGACGCGACUCCUCAGCGUGCUCCGGGACCUCCACGACGCACACGCAGCAGUGGAGGAGGAGGAGCGCUCCAAGAAUAAGAACUUUUUUCUGGAGUUACAGACAUAAGAGGCCGAGCGGCAUUAAAGAGUUGCACGUUUCACGGCGCGUUGGUCAAUCACCGACUCCACCCGUGUGGUUUUAAGGAUGGUAUAAUGAGCUCCUGGAGAUGGUAAGACA